AUGGCAAUAUGUAAUACAAUAAUACCAGUACAGAGCAAAAGUGGUGCUAUCAUGUACAAGGCGCAGUCCCAGGAUGAGGAUGCACUUGUCCAAGCUGUUGCUCAGUUCCAUAUGGUUUUCUUCAAUAAAAGUGGAAAUAUUCUUGGUACGCUGGGUGUGAUUGAGUGCCCUGUUCCUGACAAAGACAUUAGAAGAUUUGAUGCAAAUUUACGGUUGUUUCCUCCUUUUAUUGAUAACGAUCUGUGCCCAUUAACCAUUAAAAACACAAUUCUUCAGUCAUGUUACUUGCGGAAUACCGAAUGGGCAUGUGGAGUAGCUGUUUAUACAGUUUUUGCCUGCUACCUCUGUGUGAAGGUUGCUCAUGAAUUCAUUCAAUCCAUAGCUGGAAAGAAGCCUGAAAAUUUUAAGAUUGUUGUUUCUUCUCAUAAUUAUCAAAAUACCCCAUCUAUGGAGGAUCUUGGUAAUCUUGUUGCAAAAAUACAAGCAACUGGAGCUGACAUAGUGAAGUUUGGAACAUCUGCCUUAGAUAUAACUGAUGCGGCACGUGUUUUCCAGAUAACUGUGCAUUCUCAGGAAAUUUUCUGUUCCAAUAAUAGCACUGGUUAUGAGCUUCUACAUUUAUACAAUUUCAGACAGAUAGGGCCCGACACAAAAGGGUUUGGUGUUAUUGGAAAGCCAGUUGGCCAAAGCAAAUCACCAAUUUUGUAUAAUGAGGCCUUCAAGUCAGUUGGUUUUAAUGGAGUUUAUCUGCAUUUGUUGGUAGAUGACAUUGCAAAUUUUCUCCAAACUUACUUGUCUGCAGAUUUUGCGGGAUUCAGUGUCACCAUUCCUCACAAGGAAGCUGCACUCACGUGCUGUGAUGAGGUUGAUCCAGUUGCCAAGUCAAUAGGAGCUGUUAAUUGCAUUAUAAGGAGACAAAGUGAUGGGAAGUUAUUGGGAUUCAAUACAGACUAUAUUGGUGCCAUUUCUUCCAUUGAAGAUGGAUUACGAGGUUCGCUUAAUGCUAGCAGUAUGACUGGCUCACCUUUAGCUGGUAAAUUGUUCGUUGUCAUUGGUGCUGGUGGUGCUGGCAAGGCGCUUGCAUGUGGUGCUAAAGAGAAGGGAGCAAGGGUUGUGAUUGCCAAUCGUACCUAUGGUUCUCUUCUAUCUUUGUUAUCUUUCUUGUUGUUGUUUUUUAACUGACUUUGCUACUCUGAUUUUAUGUUGACAUAGCUCCAUGAAUAUUAUGAUCUACUUUUUCAAUCAAAUUUUCUUUUUUAUUCUUCUGCUUGUGUCUCUUGUUAGUAAUAUAUUGAUUUUUUUGUUUAGAAGGCCUGCUAGUUAUUCUCCUUGAUAGUGAAUGCCAGUUUACCAGUUUAAAAAAUAGGAUUCCUCUGGUUUUGUUUACAUGUUUUCUUAAUGAUCUAAAGUCAUAGUUCGUGGUCAUAUCUAAGCUUAUGCUUUCUACAUAUACUCAUGUGAAGUGAUCUCGUGUUUGUCAUUUAUUCUUUUAAAUUUCUGUUGAGAGUUUAGCUGUGGAAUAAAAGAGACAUUGGUAACUAUGCUCUCUCUGAUAUAUUUUACUUGGAAUUUCUGAAAUAAGAAUAAUGUUGUUGCAGGUAUUGAGACAUAAAAAGGGAAAGUACGGGGUUGGUGUCAUAUGCAACGGUGGCGGGGGAGCUUCUUCACUUGUUCUUGAGCUCAUGUAAGACCUGUAAUUGUUUUUGAGCUUAUCUUGAUUGAAUUCUCCUGAUCGGCUAGCCAGCUUACA